CGACUUCCUCAUCACAAAAGCUUCACCACGCCAUGGCUGCCCACCCUCCUCGAUCGGUUUGCCAUGGCUGUUCGCGUGGGCUCGGCCGGUUGGAACCACCACUUCUUCGUGACUCAGUCCCAAGGAGUUGCCCAUGUGCAUUGACAUUUAUGAUGAAGUUGGCAUCGGCAUUGGUGGGGGUGCAUCUGGAAUGGCCGGAGGGCUCCUUCAUCCAUAUUCCCCUUAAGAGUGCAGAGUGCUGGAGUGAGAGUUUAAAGCUUUUUGGCAUUGCUGAAGCAACAGUGGUGUCCAAAGAAUUGGACUCAGAAACUCCGGAUUUUGCUGAAACUUCUAAUAGGUUCAUAUUUAGGAGAAGAGGCAUUCUGAGACCAGCAAUCAGUUUGAAGCAUUUGAACAUAUUAAUUGAUAAUGCUCAGAAAUCUCUCCCCUGUUGCAAAACAGAGUCCCUUGAUAGAGAUGCUACCCAAAAUCUUGUCCCCAGUUUGUGUGUACCUUUGAACUUGGCCUUUUACAUGCCUGAAGCUAUAAAUGUUCAUCCUCAACGUUAUCUCAAGGCACUUCUUUUAGUGUGUGAAGACCUGGCAAAAGACCUGUCAACUUCUGGUUUAAACAUAGAAGAGUUGCACCUGCACAAGAUGUCUGUUAACAACCUUCUUGAACUAGUGGGCACACAAACUUACUGUUGUUUCAGUUUCUUGUAGUUGCAAUCAAUAUUUUAGAAGAUAUGAGAUGAAUAUUUCUUUAGAAAUAUACUGUGCUAGAUAUUGUGUUCUUGUGCUUCCCUGGAAAUGUUGUGUGAGCAUGCUGCUACCAGUACCAGAAAUCAACUACUUAAAAUGGGCUGACGGCUGACUUUUAAACAAUUGACUGCUUACCUGAUCUGCCUUUCCCCAGUGGGGUAAUUCCUAAUACCACAGUCACAAUAGUCAAUUCUGCAUCAGCAAGAGAAGACUACGAAGCUUAGUUACCACUCUAUUCGACACGAAAUGGAAAAUAGAAACUUAAGGUGUUUUUUGGACUUGAAAUGUAGAUUAAAAUCAUGCUACCCAUAUGAUUUUGGCAUUCUAGAUGGACCCACAGUUGCCAACAUUAGUUGGAAUGAGUUUGCUUGUUUGAAAUUUUCCCACUCACUAGGGAUCUUAUGCUUUGGUAUCUUCUGGUCUCACUUGUGACAUUGGCUGAGAAAAAUGAACGCCUUAUAGACUUAUAGUUCCUGGUUAUACGCAUAUGCACAAGGCACAACCUGUUCUACUGCAGCAUCUUCUCUUAGCAUAUGUUGAGCAGGAUAUAAUUGGUUUCCUUAUUGUGGCAUGCUUUGUUUCCAUGAUUAUGUAUGUUUGCUCGUUGCUCUGGAGCCUGGACAUUAGCUCAUUCCCAUUAUUGCAUGCUUACUUAUUGGACGGAGAACCAUCCCAAUCUUUUCUUUCGAAUGUUAUACACAAAGUAUGCAUGCAUGCUUUAGAGAGUAUGAAUGCCAAAAGGAAGUGAACUUGGAUUUAACUUGUGUGUGCUCAUCUUUUCUUUCGAAUGUUAUACACAAAGUAUGCAUGCAUGCUUUAGAGAGUAUGAAUGCCAAAAGGAAGGUGAACUUGAAUUUAACUUGUAUGUACUCACUGGUUUUUGACCUAACCACUUGAUAAAAUUCAAAGCGGUAUGUGGUCUAACCAUCAUGGGAUAUCGACGUUUUUUGUUGGGUGUAUCAACUUUCUUUUGGAAGGUUAGAUUUCAAAUUCUUAUUAAUAUGCAUGCACACAUUGGAAUCGGGUUGAUUAAGUGUUGGGCUAACACUCUCGUGCUUUUUACAACUUAUCCGCUUUUUCGAACCGCAUCUUUUUUCGAUAAGUCAUAGCACCUCAAGAUCUCUGCAUUUUUUUGUUCAAGGUGCUGGAAGAUGGUAAGUUGACGUUGAAACACACAACGAAGCCACCACAACCCAGUGUCUUUUGUUUCAUGGAGCCCUGACAACACGAUGUUUCUCACAUGCAGAAAUGUGGAAGUCCUCAAAUUAUGGGACUUGGAAUCAGGAACCAUUGAUAUGGAUCUCAUUACAACUGGGGUCUCCAUGAGUGAAAGGAUGAGAAGAGAAAAUCUGUUAUCAGCAACUCGCAAUGUAAUUACGGAGAAGUUGCAGAUUGGAGGACCUUCUUCUCGAUUGUUGGAGGUGCAUUGAAUUCAAUUUUAGUGGUUUGCCUCCUCUCUCCUAUGUUAUGAUAUGGUGAUACGCCCUGGACAUUUAUUUCUAUUCAGAACUUGAAUGUUGUUAUGUAAUAUGCUAUAAAGGAUUGAGAAAUGCGCUUGAAAAUUAACAAGUAGAAUUGAAAACAUAGAUGAUCGUCAUGUCCCAUCUGUGUGGAAGGUUAGAAAUGUUUGUAACAAGUAUGAGCUUCUUUCUCCAUGUAUGAUCUUCAUGUCCCAAGUGUCUAAAGUGGAUACGUGCCAAACGCAUAUGCUACACCCUUCCCUAAUCGCCGGGUAUCACUCAGGCUGCGAAAUUCACUUCAUACCCUUGCAAGCGAGGGAUUUGUUUCUUUCCACGGCGACACUGUAAAAAGAAUAUGAUGAAGACAACAGCAGAUGAUCAGAGCAGCGGCAGCCUGAGUCAGUUAUGGCCAGGAACUUGUUUUCUUAUGCAGAAUGAGAAGGAAGUAGCAUUUGGUGCCUAAAGAAAAAUGUAUGAUUUGGAAGAUAUUCAUCUCUCCAUCCCCUGUAAUCAGUUAUUAGUAUGCUAUGUGGAUUCAGAGACUGCUUAUUAUAAGUAUGCUAUCUGGAUUCAGAGAUUUUCUUAUUUUUUCAGGAGUUGUAUGGAUUAUUGGUUUGUAAAGAGAUUUAUGCCCAAAAACAAUAAAGGAAACAAAU